AUGCUUAUGUAUCGUCGACAAAUAGAACAUAGCAGAAGGUUGUCGAGACGUGGCGUGGUACCAGUGUUAGAAAGACGAACUGUUUGGCGAGAUCGCAGUUUGAGCCCUGCUGCUGAAAGAGACCAAUAUGUGACAAAAAAUACGCUUAGUUAUCAUCAGAACCGUUUCGAACGACGUGAAAAUUUCAUGAUGAAAGAAAGCAGUUCACCAAGAGGCCAUCAAAGACAUCGUCAUCGAGAACGCUUGAAUAGCAACAGUGAGUUAAGCAGACAGGCUACCAGGAUUGCAUCAGUUAGAACUGGACCAAUGAAAAGUCGCGAAUAUUUGGAACGUGAAUUAGCAAAGCACUAUCGAGUACGCGAUCGAAUGAUUGCUUUGGAAAGAGCCAGAAAUGAAGAAAAUCGUUUACAUGAUGAAACUAAUCGUAAUGCUAGUCGAAUACAGCCAUCAGGAUAUGGCAGUGGGCGAAUGCCGAGCUAUUUUGUGCAAACCGAAUCUCAGCUUGUCACGGAAGAAAUUUCUGGGAAAAUUAAUAACAGUGGCUUGGCAAAUUGGCGUAUUGAGGAUUUGCUAGGAGGGCAGUCAGUGCUCAACGCAGAUAACAUACAGAAUGCACAGACAUGGAUCGCCAACGAUAACAGUUUAAGUCCGGCACAAGUUGUACGCGCUCGUGAACUUCUUCAAGAAUUGCUGAUUACAAUUACGACGAAACCAAAUGGACCGAUUGCUGAAGAUAGAUCGCUGAAUUUCAUUACUGAUUGUCGAGUUUCUGAUUAUUCUUCACCACGUAGUUUUUCUCAACAGAACACUGAAUCUGCACUGCGGAGUGAUACUGCAGUACAUGGCCGAGAAUUGCCGGUUAUGCAGAAUUCCUUACCUGUAGAUUUACCAUUAUCACUUCCGCAGAAUUGGCGUGAUGAUUCUUUAGCGGCAUAUUCUGAUGCCGGUGAAAUGCCAAUGAGUUCCCGAAAUAUGUCCGAAAUUUCCGAUUUUCGUUGUGGCUCACGAAUUGAUUAUCCAACCCCAUAUACGGAAGACGCUGAAUUCGGGAAGAGGAAUGCCAGAGAACAUUAUCCGAUUCAUUUAGGAUCAGAAAGGCGGAGGUCAUACUACCAUGACCGUCGUCAAAUAUCUCGAUCUAGAAGCCGUAGCUUAGGAAAAGAUUAUGACACACGCAUUGGAGAACGACGAGUACAUAUGAAAUCUGGAGGUUUUAUUAGCGUUGGAAUAAAUCAUCCACAAAAGGGAUCUCGAAAGACUUAUUUGUCAUAUGAGACACGUAACAAUCACCACAGAGGAGUUAAAGGUGAAAGAAGUUUGCGUCGUUCGUCACCUCGUUUGGUUGCUAAGAGAAGAUGCAAAAGAUAA